CCACCUGGAGCAACCAAAGUGAAAGCCGUGAGGAAGGACACGGUGCAUCUCCCUGAGAGAGAGAGAAAUCUCAGAGGGGUGGAAGAAAGAGAGAGACCUCCCUGCCCCUAAGUAACCUACUCUCCAGGCGACUGGGGGCGGGGUACCCUGUUCUCCAGGGACCUGUCCAAGUGGGAAGAGCCCUCCCCACUUCCAAGCAACCCCCCCGGGCCCCAGUUCUUUGCUCCUUGCUAGGGCUGAAGGGGGAACAACCCCCAGCCUGCGCUGCUCGCCAAGAAGGAAACCGUUGGCGCUGUCCAGGGGGGAAACAAGAGCCCCCCCCACACACUGUUCCCAACGGGAAAGGCGCCCCCCCAAAUCAGCCAGCCACCGCCCCAGCCCAGCUCCUAGGGCUGCCCUAGAGCCGCCCGCAGCCCCAGCCUGGCGGCGGGGGGAGAAGAGGCCGGGGCAGGGUGAGGCGGCAGCCGCGCCAUGAAGCUGGAGGUCUUCGCCCCGCGCUACGAGGACAAGCUGGGCGGCAGCGACCAGGAAGGCAGCGGGGCCCCGUCCCCCGCGCCGGGCGACAGCGAGCUGGGCUCGGACGGGGACUGCGCCGCCAACAGCCCGGGCAGCGAGGGGCCGGCGGGCGCGGAGGGCGGCAAGGGGAAGCCGUACACGCGGCGGCCCAAGCCGCCCUACUCCUACAUCGCGCUCAUCGCCAUGGCCAUCCGGGACUCGGCCGGCGGCCGCCUCACGCUGGCCGAGAUCAACGACUACCUGAUGGGCCGCUUCCCCUUCUUCCGCGGCGCCUACACCGGCUGGCGCAACUCGGUGCGGCACAACCUGUCGCUCAACGACUGCUUCGUCAAGGUGCUGCGCGACCCGGCCCGGCCCUGGGGCAAGGACAACUACUGGAUGCUCAACCCCAGCAGCGAGUACACCUUCGCCGACGGGGUCUUCCGCCGCCGCCGCAAGCGCCUCAGCCGCGCCCCGCCGCCGCCGCCGCCUCCCGCGCGCCCGGCACCCGCCGCCCCCUGCUGCUGCUCCUCAGCCCCGUGCAGCUGCGCCGCGGGCCCCGCCGAGGAAGGGCGAGCGGGCGCCGCCGCCGCGGCCAGGCCGGGCUCCAAGUUCUCCAGCUCCUUCGCCAUCGAGAGCAUCCUCAGCCGGCCCUGCCAGCGCGCCCCCGCCCCCGCCCCGGGCCGGGCGCUCUGGCCCGCGCCGCCCGCCCCCUACCCGCUGGGCUCCCUCUUCGGCGGCGGCCUCCUGCCGCUCUACGCCUACGGGCCCCAGGCGCUGGAGCGCAGGAGGGAGGCGCUGACGGCCGGCAGCGCCCCUCUCCCGCCGGAGCCUCCCCAGCUCUUCCCCUCCCCUGCCGAGGCGCUGCUCGGCUCCCCGCUCUAUUGCCCCCUCCGGCUGCCCGGCCCGCUGCACACAGCCACGGGGCGCGCGGCCUCUUACCCGCCCUGCCCCCUCCAGAGCCUCCUGCCCUAA